UCAUUAGUUGGAGUAAACAUGCCGUGCAAGAAGAUGUGUUACUCCCCCAUCAGGUUGGAUGGAAAGACUGCUGUUGUAACUGGCUGUAACACUGGCAUUGGCAAAGAAACCGCCAAAGACUUCUAUCAAAGAGGUUGCAGGGUGAUAAUGGCGUGCAGGAACCUCCAGAAGGCCAACGACGCCGCCGAAGCCAUUAAAUCAAAGUGCAAGGAAAAAUCCGACGUGGGUGAACUGGUCGUAACGGAAUUGGACUUGUCCAAUCUUGAGUCGGUCAGAAAGUGUGCCCAACACCUUGUUGACACCGAACCAAGAAUUGAAUUGCUGAUCAAUAACGCCGGCGUCAUGAUGACGCCUGAGGGUAAAACCGUCGAUGGAUUUGAAACUCAGUUUGGCACUAAUCAUUUGGGACCGUUCCUUUUCACUUUGUUGCUUUUGCCUAAGAUCAUCAGCAGCAAGCCUGCGAGGAUUGUGAACGUGUCUUCUAAGUUGCACGAGGGUGGAUCAAUAAACUUCGACGACCUCAUGUAUGAAAAUAGAAAGUACAGCCCACUAGGAGCAUAUCAACAAAGCAAACUAGCCAACAUUCUAUUCGCCAAAGAGUUGGCGAGACGUCUUGAGGCUGCUGACAUAGAGGGUGUGACAACUUACAGCCUCCAUCCAGGCGUGAUUGACACGGAAUUGGUUAGAAACUUGGGAGAGACGUAUUCGGGCGUGGUCCAGUGGACUAUGUCCGCCAUUAACGGCAUUUUUGCCAAGAACCCGCAUCAGGGUGCGCAGACGUCGAUUUACUGCGCAGUCGAGGAGCACUGCGCAAACGAAACAGGAUUGUAUUAUGCUGAAUGCGCAGUAAAAAAACCCUCCAAAAAAGCCCUGGAUGAAGAAACUGGCAAGAAAUUAUGGGAGUGCAGUCUCAAGUUGGUGGGUCUGGAUGAUAAUUAUGACCCUUUUCAAUAAUGGUGUUAUUUUGUACAUGUUUUGUUGAUUUUUGAUGUUAUUUAUGUUGUUGUUUUACAAUAAAUAUGUGUGACUAGUUUG